AUGAAGCGACGGCCGCUCCCUCUCUUUGAAGUAGUAAACCUCCCGCCUGAUGCGCUAGCAGCAGGAGCAGCAGCAGCAAUUGCUGCUGCUGCUCCUGCUGCAGAGGAUGGCUGGGGUGCAGCAGCAAGAGCUGCUGCUGCUGCACCUGCAGCAGCAGCAACUUCAGCAGCAGGCCUAAAGCUAACCCCAGAUAGUUUAUAUGCCUCUCACAAGCAGCAGCAGCAGCAGCAGCAACAGUAUGAUCUGCUGCUGCAGCAACUGCUACACACGAGCGGGGGAGAGGAGCGGCAGCAGCAAGAGCUGCAGCAGCAGCAAGAGCUGCAGCAGCAGCAAGAGCUGCAGCAGCAACAAGAGCUGCAGCAGCCUCAACAAGGGACCCCACGCAGCCGCUCCUUCUCAGCACUACGGAGGCCGUCUGCACACCGCAAGCAGCAGCAGCAGCAGCAGCAGCAGCAGCGGCAGCAAGAGAUAAUUCGUCGCCGGGUUGAGACGAGGCAGAAACAAGCAGAAGAAGAGAAACACCGAGCUCAUCAGCUGCGCCUGCAGCAGGAGCAGCAACGGAGGCAGCAAGAGGAGCUGAAGCAGCAGCAGCAAGAGGCGGAAUGGCUUGAGCAGCAGCAACAGCAGCAGCAGCAGCAGCAGCUUCAGGCGUUGCUGCAGUUGGAGCUGUCGUGUGCACUGCUGCGCCAAAGCGAAGAGGCGGAGCGCCAGCGGCUCCUGAAGCAGCAGCAACAGCAGCAGCAGCAGCAAGUGCGAGCAGCAGCAGCAGCAGCAGCACUUGCAGAGAAGAAGCGACUGCAGCAGCAACAGCAGCAGCAGCCGCUGCUGCGGCGUCUUCAUAUCCGAGAGGUUGAAGCAGAGCGUGCAAGGGUAAGCAGAAACAGCAGCAGCAACAGCGGCAGCAGCAGCAACAACGACAGCAACACCAGCAGCAACAGCAGCAGUAGGAGUAGUAGCAGCAGCAGCAGCAGCAAGAGCACCAACGGCGCAUGCGAGAGGCUGCAGCAGCAGCAGAAGCCAAGAAGGCCCAAGCAGCAGCAGCAGCAGCAGCAGCAGCAGCAACAGCAACAGAAGCAGCAGCAGAAAGUAAACACAUCAGCAUGCGCCCAAGGCGUAGUAGCACCUUCUGCAGCAGCAGCAGCAGCAGCAGCAACAGCAGCAAAAGGAGCGCGUUCAAUAGAUGCUGCAGCAAGAAGGGGAGGCCCAGCAGCAGUAGCGGCAGCAACAGCAGCUGCAGCGUCUGUUGCUUCAUUUCAUCAGCAACAGCAGCAGCAGCAGCAGCAGCAGCAGUGCGAGGGCCCUGAGGAGCAGCAAGAAUCAGAAAACGAGUGGGAGUUGCAGCAGCUGCAGCAGCAGCACACUUUGCUGCUGCGGCGCCUUGCAGUGCUGCAGCAGCAGAAGCAGCUGCUUGCUGCUCAUGUUUCGGGGGCCUGGCAGCAGAGCAGCAGCGGCACAUCUGCUGCUGCUGCUGCUGCAGUAAACGCAGCAACUCGUGCAGCAGAUUGCACCACCAGCUGUAGCCAAGUUCCCGCUGCUGCUGCUGCUGAACCGCCUGCUGCUGUCGCAGCUACAACCCCAGUAGAAGUAGAAGUAGAAGCAGCAGCAGCAGCAGCAGCACCUGCUGCUGCUUCUUUCGGGGCAUUUGUUUUCGGUGUACGUAACACAAGACAACAGGAGAAUGCGGCAGCUGAAGGCAGCCCUGCUGCUGCUGCUGCUGCUGCUGCCCCUGCUGCUGCUUUUGCUGCCCCUGCAGCUGCUGUUGCUGCUGCGCCUGCUGCUGCAGCUGCUGCUGCUACUGGGCGCCAUAAGAGCUGCUCGUGGGGCCCCUCUAACGGCAUACAGCAGCAGCAGCAGCUGCAGCAGCAGCAGCAACAGCUGCAGCAGCAGCAACAGCAGCUGCAGCAGCAGCAACAGCUGCUGCUUGCCGGGCGUACGCAAAGCAGCAGCAGCGUAACAAUAUGCUUCAGCAGCAGCAGCAGCAGCAAAAAGGCUAACAGCACCGGGAGCAGACAACCCGCAGCGACGCAGAGUGCAGCUGCAGCAGGGCCUGCUGCUGCAUCACCCCAAAAACAACAGCAGCAGCAGCAGCAGCAGGAGAAAGAGCAGCAGCAAUUGAAACAGCAGAGCAAUACUCCUAAAAGGCUGCAGAAAGCGGCCUCCCCUUCACUGCAGCAGCAGCAGCAGCAGCAGCAGCAGCCCGCAGUGCAGCAACAGCAACUAGAGCAGCAUAAUGAGCAGCAGCAGUCGAUGUUUAUUGCUGCUGAUGCGCUGAUAGAAGAAUUUAUAUCUGCUGCUGUAUAG